AUGGCGGCAAGAUCAAACGUGUGGAUGAUUGACAAAAUGGAAUAUUAUUUAACAAAUGAUUUAAAAGCAACCAAUGAGGAAAUCGCUUAUCUCAAAGAAUUAUGUCAGAUCAAAACAAAAGAUCGUGGAAUUCCGAAAAAACGUCCAAAUGUUCGAUUACCAUCGACAAUUCUUGACAAUUUUCUUUAUCAUGGCGAUCUCGGACAUGCAAGAAACUACAAUCUAUUACAAGAAAUCGGUAUAAAACACAUUUUAAACGUUUCAGACAUCGAAUUAGAUAACGAAAUUCGCGAUAAUUUCAAUGUCUUAUGGAUAAACAUCGGAGAUGAACUUGGCGUNAAAGAUCGUGGAAUUCCGAAAAAACGUCCAAAUGUUCGAUUACCAUCGACAAUUCUUGACAAUUUUCUUUAUCAUGGCGAUCUCGGACAUGCAAGAAACUACAAUCUAUUACAAGAAAUCGGUAUAAAACACAUUUUAAACGUUUCAGACAUCGAAUUAGAUAACGAAAUUCGCGAUAAUUUCAAUGUCUUAUGGAUAAACAUCGGAGAUGAACUUGGCGUAACUAUCGAAAAUUAUUUUGAGCAAACAAACAAAUUUCUACGUUUAUGUCAAAACAAAAACGAGAAAGUUUUAGUUCAUUGUCAAAUGGGAAUUUCUCGUUCAUCUUCGAUCAUUCUCGCAUACCUCAUCACAUAUCAUUUCGAAACACUUUCCGAUGCUUACGAUCAUUUGGUUAAUUGUCGACGUGUUGCUGCACCGAACUUCGGCUUCUUUCUCCAACUUAUUCGAUACGAAAAACUUCUUCGUGAAAACAAAGAUAAAUAA